AUGUUAACAAUUACUACGAUAGUAGGGGCAGCUAUUGCUGUCCUACUUCUUUCGCGCGUUCUCAGAAUCGGACGUCGCCCAAAGAACUACCCCCGGAUGCCCUCUCGGGAUGCUCAUCUUCAAUUCGAAAAAUGGGCACGGGAAUACGGCCCAAUCUACAGUUUAAUGCUAGGCACCAAGUGUCUGAUUGUGCUGUCCAGUGAUGAGACUGUCAAAGAGCUUUUGGAUAAAAGAAGUGGUAUAUAUUCGCACCGCCCAGAGCUGUAUAUUGGCCAGAUCUUGUGCAGCGGUGACCUCAGAAUGUUGAUGAUGUUUCGCAAAAUGGUACACGGCUUACUUAACGUCACGACAUCGAAGAAAUAUCUACCCUACCAGAUGUUGGAGAAUCGGCAAAUGCUCUACCAGUUCCUGACGGAGCCAGAAGGAUUCCUGAAGCACAUUCGACGAUACUCCAAUGCCCUCACAACCACGAUGGUUUUCGGAUGGCGGACGCCUACAUACGAAGACGAGAAAAUGAUGCAAUUGUUCAACGGCUUCUCGGAAUUUGCAGAUCUCAACCAGACCGGAACGGCAGCGAUCAUUGACUUCUUCCCAUUCCUGCGGAAACUACCCGAAUUUCUUCUCCCAGCACAACAGAAAGCAAAAGAUCUCCACAAAAAGGAGAAAGCGUUGUAUCUGAGCCAUUGGUUGCGAGCAAAGGAAGAGGUUCGCCAGAACACAAUCAAGCCAUGCUUCUGCGCAGGAAUGUACAAGGCACAGAAAGAAGACGGGUUCAGCGACGAUCAAGCAGCUUAUAUCUCUGGAACCCUGCUAGAAGCCGGCUCAGACACUACAUCAAGCACGUUGUAUGCCUUCGUUCAAGCCAUGCUACUGUUCCCGGACGUUCAACGCAAAGCCCAAGAAGAGAUCGAAAGGGUAGUAGGUUCGAGUCGCCUCCCCGUCAUGGACGACCUGGCCGAACUACAGUACGUAAGGGGUUGCAUGAAAGAAACAGUCCGGUGGAUGCCGACAACCAUUCUCGGAGCCGUUCCACACGCGGUCACACAGGAUGACGAAUACAAAGGGUACUUUAUACCGAAGGGCGCUGGCGUGAUGAAUAACGUGUGGAGCAUCCACAUGGACCCGGCCCGUCAUCCCAGCCCCCGAGAAUUCAAUCCCGAUCGGUACCACGACGACUACCAGAGUUUCGGAGACGCAGCGGCAAACCCCGAUCCGUCGAAGCGGGAUGUUUUCACUUUCGGCGCGGGACGUCGCAUAUGUCCCGGUAUCCAUGUGGCCGAGCGCAGUCUAUUCCUUGGAAUGUCGCGCAUUCUGUGGGCGUUUAAUAUUACGCCGGAAAUUGAUGCGGGAAUCCCGAUUUUGCCUGAUCCCGAUCGCUUGACGCAAGGGUUUGUGUGCAUGCCUGAGGAAUUCCCGGCGAAAAUUAUGCCGAGGUCAAAGGAGAGAGCAGAUUUGGUCCUGAGCGAGUGGAAAGAGGCAGAGAAAGAGUGUCUCGACCCUAAGACGAGACAGUGGAUGCAGUCACCUGUGGAGGUAUGA